AUGGGGGACUGUGAUCCAGUUGCGACCCCGGCGGACCACAAUCAAAAACUGACGAAGCAGAUGAGUCCUAUCAGUGAGGAUGAACGAAAGCAGAUGAAGAAAGUUUCGUUCCGUGAGCUGGUGGGAGGUCUCCAGUUCCUGGUGUGUUGCACGCGCGCGGACAUCAGUUUUGCCGUGAAUGCAGUCAGCCAGUUUAGCAGCGAUCCAGGCAAAUCGCACUGGACAUCAGCGAAGCGCAUUUUGCGGUACCUGAAAGGAACGAAGGAGAUGAAAAUUAUUUACAAGAAACAAGAAGACGAAAGUUUGACUGGGUUCAGUGAUGCGGACUGGGGAAACGACAUCGAGACGCGACGGUCCACCACGGGAUAUGUGUUCAUGAAGUCAGGCGGACCGAUAUCGUGA